AUGAAGGUAACAACCAUCGUAUUUUUGGGAACUCUCUUCCUUGCGACCUGCUUGCGGACCGGCGAAGCUGUCACCUGCACUGCGGAUCCCAACGUGACAGGCUGCAUCGACUGCACGACUGAUGCAACCAACCAGGAGUGCGUAGAUGAGGCGGCAGCCGCCAACCCUUCACCGACUCCCACACCGACUCCCACACCGACAGCCACGCCACCACCCACCCAGACUGGCACGCCCGCCCCCAGUACAGAUUCCUCGUCAUCGACCUCGGCCCCAGGACCCUCAACUUCUCCAAGCUCCACAACUGCAACACCUAAUGCCAACUCGCCGGCCGCCACCCCAGCCAUCAGUGCCUCUCCGACAGGAAUCUCCCCCGCCCAGAGAAGGGUGAACCAGAGAAGGCGCGCCAGGAGGAGGGCUGCCAGGAGAAGAAUACAGAGGCGCAGGCAAGCCCGCCGAAGGCAAAAUCGUAGAAGGCAGAACCGACGAUCCGGCUAA